ACUUUCUUUAUCCAAUAUUUUCAGAUGAUGAACAUUUGCAGAAACAAAUUCUCCCAAUCCUUAAAUAUUUUCAGUCGACAAUUUCACGUUGGUAAAAUGGCCCCAGUUGCAGUUGGUGACACCAUCCCCUCAGUGGACCUGUUCGAGAACAACCCCGGGACCAAGGUGAACAUUGCAGAGCUCUGCGCUGGGAAGAAGGUUGUUAUUUUCGGCGUUCCUGGAGCUUUUACUCCCGGGUGCAGCAAGACCCAUUUACCAGGUUAUGUUGCUAAGGCUGAGGAGAUUAAAGGGAAAGGAGUUGAUGAGAUAGUUUGUGUUUCCGUCAACGAUCCCUUCGUGAUGGAGGCCUGGGGAGAAAACCAGCAGGCCGGAGGAAAGGUUCGAAUGCUAGCUGAUACUACUGCUGCACUAACCAAGGCCCUGGAGCUAGACCUGGACCUAUCUGCUGUACUAGGAAGUGUACGGAGCAAAAGGUUCUCUAUGCUGGUAGAGGACGGGAAGGUUUCCAAGCUGAACAUUGAACCAGAUGGAACCGGUUUAACCUGCAGCCUGGCCGAGAAUAUUGUUUAAAAAUAACGUUUUCAGAAUAUUUUUUCCUGGAAUAUUAAAUCAUUGGCAUUUUAUUUUAUUUAGGUUGAAACCAUUAGAUAUUAUGUAAGAAAUCAAAACCAAAUACAUUUUUAGAUCUAC